UAUGUGUCUCUGAUUGGUCCAUGACCAGAAAGACCGGCGGAGGGGGUGGGAUCACCGGCAUCGAGCAGCGGCGGGUAACGGCGACGGGUUUUGUCGACCUGCUGUGAAUCACUUACUCCAGAGACCUUGGAAACCCAACGUGAAGGGAGGCCACGUCAUCAAAGGGACUGUUGACCCAAAUGAGUGCACGGCCUGUCAUUUCCACUCAUCCCAAAGAGAACGUGCCUCAGAAUGGAGUGAGCAGAGUGCCACUCCAGGGCAGUAACAGCAGCAGUGUGCAGCAAGUGCCACAGCUCCAUCCAGUCAGCCCCUCGGGGGCUGGCAAGGCCAUGGCACCCAGCAAGCAGAGCAAGAAGAGUGCGAGCUACAACAAGGAGAGUGAAGAGUACCGACAGCGCCGGGAACGCAACAACAUGGCUGUGAGGAAGAGCCGGUUAAAGAGCAAGCAGAAGGCUCAGGACACGCAGCAGCGAGUCAAUGAGCUGAAGGAGGAGAACGAGCGACUGGAAGCAAAGAUCAAGCUGCUCAGCAAGGAGCUGAGUGUUUUAAAGGAUUUGUUUCUUGAGCAUGCCCAUAGUUUCUCUGACAGCGGGCACCCACCGUUCACUGAAACCACUGGCUCUGGGCAGGAGGCUAACACUAUGGGCCAGUAAACAGGGAGGUGGCCAACUGCACCCAGAUCUUGUGGAAAAGGGGUUUGCUUUGAAUUGUCUAUUUUAAUUUAAAUUUUUAAAAUGCAUAUGUUUCUUCUGUUGGUAAGAGCAUUACAUUCAAUGAGUCUGUAUUUGGAGAGUAUUCAGAGCUCUGAAAGCAGAGGAAAAACAGCAAUUUAUACAACGGACUCCACCGAAACUAACAGUGCCCUCAACCAGUGCUCACUCUAUGCAGGAUUGUUCCAUCUUGCUCCUGAGUCUCUUCCCCAACCCCUUUGCUCCUGUCUCCCAAUUAUUCUGUGUUUGUUCAAGUUGAGCUGUAAUGUUGUAGAAAAGGUUGUGGGUUUCCAGUAUCAAGUUUGGUAAGCUGCAGUUUCACUGUUUAUUUCACUGGCUGGGGGAAUACACAGCUGGAAUGUCAGGGUCUGGUACUGAGCAUGGCUCUGCUGACCUUGAGAAAUGCUGUUUUAAACAACUCAUGGCAAUAUCCUGACAGAACCAGACACCAGGGUGCACUUUAACACUCUGGGUAACCCAGUGAGUGUCUCACAAUCAGUAUCUGCAAGGCUUGGAGGGGGUUUGAGACUUGUGGGGUUUUGCUGUCUUGGGGGUGUGGGGAGGUGGUGUGAGUGAAACCCUCUCCUUGCUGUUAUUUUUCUGUCUGGUCCCUGCUGCUUGUUUGGUUUUCCCUUCAGUCUCAGAUUAGCAGCAACUGCUGCUUACUUUAAAGGGAAGUGUACUGACUCUGUCCCAGAGAGUCUCCUCAGGGCUGUUUCAGAAUUUGAGUUCAACUUUUAAAAAGUAGAUAACAGUACAGGGGAUGUAGUAAUGAACCAAUUGGCAGUAUUUAAACGUUGCCUCCUCAUUGGGACUGUUCGAAUUGCUUCCAUUCAGAUUAACAUUCCAGAGUUAACCGGAAUGAUCACAGCCUCCUGCUCAGCAGUCUGUCAGUGUUUGUCAUGUGCUAGCUCUGUUCUUUUUGUUACUGUGAAUCGCUGCGUCCCUUUGUCACCCCCCCCCCCCCCCCCCCCCCCCCUCUCAGUUCUUGCUCUUCACUGGCUUCUUAUUCAUGGCUUUGACGCAGCAGCAAGUGACAUCCCAUUGGAUUGCAGUCUGUCCCUUUUGUGCAGUUACCUGGCACUGCACUGUAGUUGCUGAUAAACAUUGUGCUUGUUUCCAACUGCUCGCACCUUGACCCCCACACCCCAUUACGUUACGCUCACAGUUUGUGAGAUUGCAUUGUAGAGUGUUCCUAGCUGUUACAUGGACACCACACUCUCUGUAUCGGCUCCUUGCACCUUUCCCCUUGGCCCCCUCUUGUUUCCAGGGAUAUUCUGGCUGCUAAUUGCACCAGAGACAGGCAGGUCUCAGAAUAUAAUCCUCCUGCACAUUCUCUCUCAUUUACUACCUGCUGUGUAGCCCUCACUAAAAGAAUUUGCACAAAUGUCUCAAAAUGAAGAUUUCAUGCAUCCAUUGUGAUUUCUUUAAACUACCUUGGGCCCAGUAAUAUGCUGUUAGUAAGCUGCCUUAGUUGAGACAAGAGUUCCCUGGUUUUCUGUGAAAUGAUAUCAGAGAAUUCUUCCACAUCAGUAACUGAGAAGGUAGGCCUCCAUUGUAACAUUUUAUUUACAGCUUCCAGACUUGUAACUGGUAUGGUCUAAAAAGAUGACCGCAGCAAACCCAUUCCUUCAGUACACAGUAUAUUCUGGUAAACGUGCACUCCAUUUAUUCCAAACAGCAGCAGCGUGACAUCUAACCCUUGUAUUCUGAUCUCAAGGUAUAAAAGUCAGCAUUUCAAUCGCCUGUUUCAAUAUUUUCUUUAUCUGCUCAUAACAUUUUAAUGAUCUAUGCACCUGGAUCACUAACUCUCUGUCUUCCUCAUUGUCUUCAGAUAUCCAUCAUUUUGAGAAUGUUUUUUUCAUUUUAGCUUCAAAGUGGAUGGGUUGACGAUUCAGACCAAUCUCUCUCUGCUCCCAGGGCUUCCUAUCUUGGUGCCAUUGUCAAUCUAUUGACAGGACAUGGUCCUCUAGCCCAUCACCAAACUCAUUCAGAUCCCAUUGAGACCACGACCACAACCACAGUCCCUGCAGCAGGAAGUGUCUCAUCAGCUUCCUUCCAAUCAUCACAUACCUCCAUUCUCCCUAUUCUGUGGCUGCUGUGUCAACCAGGUCCAGAAAUUAACUUCAAUUCCAUGAGCUUCAAUAUUAGCUCAGUCUCUUCUGGGGAACUUUAGCAAAUAUCUGUACGAUGUGCAGUGUUGAGAGCGUGGUGCUGAAAAAGCUCCGCAGGUCAGGCAGCAUCUGAGGAGCAGGAGAGUCAAUGUUUCGGGCAUCAGUCCUUCAUUAUGCCUGAAACAUGCUCCUCCUCCUCUGAUGUUGCCUGACCUGCUGUGCUUUUCCAGCACCACACUCUUGACUCUAAUCUCCAGCAUCUGCAGUCCUCACUUUCUAUACAAGAUGUACAAUGCCCAUAGACAUUAACCUUUCACUACUUUAGAAUGACCUCUUCAAGCAACCUCUUCAGAUGGUGGACUGUUUCAAAUCCUUGCAGGUCCUGUCUGAUUAAUUGUUCCUUGUAAUUUCAAUCACCUUACCUUGAAUUCUAGAUUUGAGUGGUUUCCCAUCAGCUGCUGUUAGCAAACUCUGGGCUGGAAUUCCUUGGUUUUCAUUCUCAUUUCCCCAAUAGCAAAGUGACUUGUGCAAUUUUUCUGAUCUAAAGGAAUGGUUCCCAAUUGGAGAACAUUGCUUGAAGAUUAUAAUUGGGGCAAAUUGAGAGAAAGUAGAUACUGAGAAAUAUUCAUUAUAGAAUGUCUUCUCCUUUCUGUAAAAUGUAAGAUUACAAAAAAAAAUGGUGUCCUCAUUUUCCAGGAUCUUUACGAAUCAUUUUUUUUUUAUCAGUAAUUCAAAGCAGUGAAGGAUGUUGGAGAUUUGAGUGGUUGAAUGCCGUGUCCUUGCUGAAUCUGCCACAGUAUUUUUAUACAUAUAGAAUGAAUGACUUUUACUGGUAAUUUCGUAACACUAUUGCAUCUUUUUUUUAAAAAACCCAGUUGUAGGAUUGGACACAUUUUGUCCAUAAGAAAAGGGAGAUGUGCUCUAUAAUGUAUAGAUGAAAUAUUUGAGUUUCGCUCUCUAGGGCCCUAUGAUAAAAUUAUGUUGCUAUAUUUGAAAUUUUUAAAAAAAGUCUUUUUGAAAAGAAAAACCCUGUACAUUUUCUGCUGCAUUAAGGGGAAUCUUAAAAUUGUUGAGAAUGACAUUUUGUAAAGACAAUUGUUGAAUACGUAUUGUACAUUUUAUAAAUGUCCUGUCUGUUUUGA